UGGUGCGCGCGCAGCCGGAAGCUGCUCGUAGCGGAAGCUGCAGAGAGAUGUGAGCGUUAGCUGAAACACUGAGAGGAAAACUUGGACCAAACUUGGACCAAACUUCAGCCUCACACACACCAACAAACCAGACCUUUACAAGGUGGAAAAUCACUCAUUGAAACAAAUUUGGGCUCACUUGUGAUUUCUAAUCAGCGCCAUUGUCCACUGUCCUGAAGGAGAUGUCUGUCCAGUCAGAGAUGUUAAAGCCGGGUGGAGAGGAAAGGAGAGGGGCAGAAGAAGAGACACAACAAGGCGAAGAAAUCAGCCAGAAGUCGGGCAUGAAGAGGAGACAUGAGGAAGAGGAUAAGGAGGAGACGUCACCCACCAAGAAGCUGGUGACCGAUCACAGUGAGAAAGUGGCGACUCAUUACAACAAGCUGCAGGAAGUUGGUCUGGCAGUCCGAAGCCAAAGCAGAAUUUUCUUCAUGAGGAACUUCAACAACUGGCUGAAGAGUGUCUUGAUUGGUGAGAUGCUGGAGAAGGUCCGGGGUUCAGGGAACAAGCAGGUGUCUGUUUUGGACCUGGGCUGUGGUAAAGGUGGAGAUCUACUGAAGUGGAGAAGAGGAGGAAUUGAUCAUUUGGUCUGUGCAGACAUUGCAGGAGUUUCAGUGGAGCAAUGCCAGAUUCGUUAUGAUGAGAUGAAGAGAAAGAGUCGUGCUCAUGAGAAGAUCUUUAGUGCUCAGUUCAUUACUGCUGACUGCUCAAAGGAGAUUUUGUCAGAGAAGCUGGAUGAGCCAGAGCUGAUGUUUGACAUUUGCAGCUGUCAGUUUGUCUACCACUACUCAUUUGAGAGUGAGCAAAAGGCAGACAUGAUGCUGAGAAACGCCUGUGAGCGUCUGAAGCCCGGAGGCCUCUUCAUCGGAACCACACCAGAUGCGUAUGAACUUGUUAAACGUCUGGAGGCGUCAGAUUCUCAGUCUUUUGGUAAUGAUGUCUUCAAAGUUUCCUUUCAGUCCAAAGGGUCCUAUCCUCUGUUUGGAUGUCAGUAUCACUUCAGCCUGGAGGAUGUCGUUAAUGUUCCAGAGUUCCUGGUUUACUUUCCUCUUUUAGAACACAUGGCAGAGCGAUAUAACAUGCGUCUGGUGUUGAAGCAGAGGUUUUCUGAGUUCUUUGAGGAGAAAGUGAAAAAGGAGCAGCAUCGCAGCCUCAUGAUGAAGAUGAUGGCCCUCGAGCCCUUUCCCUCUGAGGAUGGUCGACAGGUGGAGAGCAGAGAAGAGUACCGCCAUGCUAAAGAGCACUGUGACAGAGCUGGAGUCAGGACACCCGUGGGAACCCUGAGCAGAUCAGAGUGGGAGGCAACCAGUAUCUACUUGGUGUUUGUGUUCCAGAAGAUGUCCUGAUGCUGAAAACAAAUGUGUCCCCUUUACGUUCUCUAGUCACCUGCUGCACACCUCAUCCUUUCAUCACUUUGUGUUUGUAUAGUUUUCUUUUGUCUUUUUAAGUUGUUUUUGAUAAUGUGUGAGGACUGUACUAGUUUUGUUGGAUAAAUGAAUCAAACUACAAUGAA